AUGACUUGGGAUCGUUGGGAACUGGGCCAGAAUGCCAUUUUCUAUGACGAGAACAUUCGCCCUAGCCAUCCCCCAGCCGCUUUGUAUCCACCGCAAGUGGAGGCCUUACGAAGAUCCAUGCUUGAUUUCUCCUGCCUAAUUCUCAAUCACACUGUCGGACCAAGAGGGGUUCAGGUCCACCCAACAGGCGGAGAGGGAGAGUCUCAGAAAACUGACCCUGCUUUGACAGCAGCGCGCAAGACUCUCCAUGAAGUGUCCAGAAUACACCACGGCGGUUACUCGGAGGACACAUGGGCAGGCUUUUUCAAAGAUUCAUUUUUUAAACCACUUGCUGGUAGAUUGAGACCGGAGGAGGAUUCACGGAGGCAUGUUAGGGUUUCGCGCUGUGAUUACUACUACGAUGCAUUUACAGCCGGAGCCAACAAAUCAUGGGGACUAUUCGGCAGUAGCCUUGAUGAUAAUUCUGAUCUCAGCAGCUUUGAGAGGUCAAAGUGUCCCAAGCCGGACUACGCCUUCUACUUACCUAUGUAUCACAUGGACGCCACGCAGGCGAUUCCCAAGGUGCCUAGCCCUGAAGGUCGACAAUGGAAUCUAGCUCAGGAGCACUCGCUGGCGGGGGGAUUUUCAUGGUCCAACCUGAAAGAACUAUUCGCAUUCGGACUACGACCGACACCCUUUCGAGUUUUCCACAAACCCCCUCAAGAGGCGAACCUCAAUUCCUAUCCUUGGCUUCUUAUUGAGCACAAGAAGGAGGGAGUCAGCGGAUCAGAAGAGACAGUUAGCUGCCAGGCGGCAAACGGCGCAGCAUGCGCUGUCAAGCUCAGUCAGAUCUCGGCCAGGUACGCCAUGGUGCUGCCCAGCCACGCACAUAUUCCUCCCAUGCCAACCGUGACAACCAUUGGAUCAAAGGUCAAAGUUUGGAUUACAUACUAUGCUGAAGACUUCCACGCUCCUUGUUUGAGCAGGAAAUAUUCAGGUGAUGUGGCGUGGAAGAAGCGCAAGCAGGGCACUGUAAUGAGAGCUAUUUGGGAGGGAGAUGUCGCCAAGCUCGAAGAUAUCAUCAUGUUUCAAGCGAUUCUUGAAAACACGCACACUUGGGCUAUGCGUGUGUUCAAGCCCCUGAUGUCUUCCUACCUUGAGCAAUGGAGACAUGUACAUUGCCAAGUUGGAAUGUUCGCGACAAGCUCCGCACUACUCCGUCAGGAGCAGACUAUGGCACGCUGCCAGUCGAUUAUACCGAUAGUUCAAGAUCUCUUGGACAAUCAUUCUUCGGUUGAAAUCGAUGACAGUAAGCAUCCUAAGGUCACACCAGUAUUUUUAGGCAUGCUUGUUCAACAAAUUGUUACUUCGGAGCGCCAAGUACUGGCUGACGAGGUGGACCGUAUCAUCAAGGAAAGACUUGAUGCUCUAACACCGAGCUGGCAGACGACUGUGACUCAGAGAACUACUCUUGAAACGCUACAUACGAGCCAGCGCCAAAAGACACCAGAAAAUAGCAACAACUCGACCGCUCAAAGCCCAGGCUCAGUGGAGGACGGUUCUGAUGAUAGCACCUGGCAGGAUUCAAAUACUACCAGGUCUCCCAAAUCUGCAGUGGCGGGGAGCCCGCACGAGUAA